CUGCGGACGCGCGAUGAGAUCGAGGCCUUUUGGAUAGACGCUGUUUGCAUCAACCAAGACGAUUUGGAUGAGAGGUCUGCACAGGUCAUGCUCAUGGGCGAUGUGUAUCAACGGUGUAGUAAAGUUUACGUAUGUGCGAAGAAGAUUAUCGAUAGGUUCAUUCCUGCCAUCUUGCAAGAUUGGAGGCGCUGA